AAAAUGGCGGCUGACUGUCAACUUUAUACUGUGUAAAUGCUGCAUCCUGUUCCUUAGGAACCUGAAACAUACAACAAGAAUGUUAUUUCAGCUUCUAUUCUUAGCUUUCUUGCACCCAUUACGUCAAUUUGAUUUCUUACUGAGGACGAUCAGCGUGAAUUAUCGAGCGUGAUGCAGCUAAAUCUCAUCGAUUUUUUGGCGCUCCGUUUUGGAAUGGUGUUGUUAUUGUGCGAGGUUGACGCUGCGAAGAACAAUUUUGCAGCUGUCACCAAGGGGGACCUCACUCGCUGGAUGCCGUCGACUUGUCAGUCUGUUAGUCAUCUAUUUAAAGUGAAGAAAAACGUGGUGAACAAGUUAGUAAAUUUACUAAAAACUCCGAAAGAACGUAAAAAACUUACGAACCUUCAAGAGAAAACUAUCACUAUUUUCCAGACUGAGUUAAAUGUGACAGAGCGGGCAGUUUUUGAUUCUCUAAAUGGCUUACGAAAACUGCUUCAGGAGGAUUAUAAAUCAGUGGUACACAUGAAGGAAGCCAUAAAACAGAGACUGGAAGCCCUCAAACUACUGGCACUGCAACAGGAGGACCAAUUCAAUGCAAUCAGUGAAGUAGAAAAAGAAUUUGUGUCAGCAAAUAAGCAUGCUGAUAUUCAAAACAAUGGAACACGCAUUGAGAAAGUCAUUGGAGGCAUUUUAGAUGAUAUUUCAUUUGCCGCAGAUAAACUUGAAGAUGAGCUAGAUGAGAAGGCAUUUGAGAAAACAAGAAAUGCCAAAGGAGCCUCAAUUGAAGCUGUUGUGAGGAUCACUGGGGACGAAGAGAGCAAGGGCAGUGACAGUGAUAACACAACAUUAGCCAAGCCUGCUGGAGAAAAUGACAUGAGCAUUCUUGUCGAUUCUCAGAGCAAUCAGUUUGUUUUGGCGAAAGCUAAAGAUGCAACAGUUCCUCAUGAGGAUGUCCAUUUCAUCAGGGACAUCAUCUUUAUUUUGGUCUUGUCUUUUUUGGGUUCCUGUAUUUGUACACUAGUUCAUCUACCAACGAUGUUUGCAUUUGUGAUCAGUGGAAUGCUCUUGGGACCCUCUGGAUUAAAUAUGAUUAAGACUGUUGUCCAGGUGGAGACACUUGGAGAAUUUGGAGUCUUCUUCAUUCUUUUUGCUGUUGGCUUGGAAUUUUCUCCAGAUAGAAUAAAGCGGGUUUGGAAGGUUGCAGUUGGCGGCAGCUCGCUGAUCAUGGUACUGAUGAUUGUAUUUGGGAUUUUCUGGGGUUUUUGUUUUGGAAUCCUCCCACAACAGAGUGCAUUUGUGGCAGCAUGUCUUUCCCUUUCAAGCACACCUCUUGUGGCAAAGUUUGUUGAAAGCAAGAGUGGAGAUUCUUCAGCGAAAGAACACACCAAUGGAGAUGGUGACUAUACCAGUUCACUGUUAGGAAUCCUUGUCAUGCAGGAUGUACACUUAGGUUUGUUAGUUGCGCUCCUUCCUGCACUGGCAGGACGAAAGAAUGUAGCUCCAGCCAAGGUGAACAGUGGUGCAGUGUAUGGUAUACUCAGCGGACAUGAUAAUGCAAAUGAUUCAGAUGAGUUUGUUAGCACCUUGUGGAUGCUAGUGGAAGUUAUGCUUUCUUUCAUUGGUCUGAUGUUAGUGUGUUUUGUGGUUUCCAAGGUCAUUGGACCAAUGUUCAGAUUACUUCAAGACACUGGCAGUAAAGAGCUGUUAAUUUUAGCGACAGUAUCAACUGCUUUUUGUUUGCUAAUGUUGUCUGAACAUUUAGGAAUCUCUAUGGAGCUCGGCUGUUUUAUGGCUGGAGUAGUGUUGAGUUCUAAUGGAGAACAUCUUGUACAUAAGGUCAACGAGCUCGUGGAACCUUUGCGUGAUUUCUUUUCUUGUCUAUUCUUUGCAUCAAUUGGUCUUCAUGUUUUUCCUACAUUUGUAUUGAAUGAAUUUCCUCUUGUGUUGACUCUUACUCUUGGUGUUGUGUCAGUAAAGUUCGUGGUCUCAGUGUUUGUCCUUCGCAUGUUCUUGUGUGAGUCGCGGAGCACGAAGUUUAUCGUUGCUGCAGGGCUCGCUCAAGUCAGUGAAUUUUCGUUUGUCCUGGGAAGCCGAGCACGAAGGUUUCAUCUAAUUUCCAGAGAGGUUUAUCUCAUCAUUCUUAGCGUAACUACUAUCAGUCUUCUUCUUGCACCGUUACUUUGGAGAAUUUCGCUUUGGAGAUUUGGAAGUAGAAAGCUUUGGAGGACUGCUACGUCAGAGAGAAAGACUAUGAGAGCCGUUUAGCGUAUUCAACUAACAACCUCGUUCCCAGACUCCUCUCGAGAGAGGAAGAUAGAGAGGACCCUGGGAGCGAGGUUGUUCCAGCAACUGCGAAACACCUGUAACGUCAUUAAACAAACGAGCUGGAGGCGAGAAGAAACUUUGUAGAUCGUAUUCUCUGAAAAUUAAAGCUAAGUGUUUGCGUAGCGGGGUUAUUUCUUAAGUUUAUGGCUCAAAAUGGAAUCGUUUUUCAUGUUGUAUUCUUUACGUUCAAGAUAUUUUUUCGAGAGCUAAGGCUGAUGUCGCUUCCUAUCCUCUCUAAAUAUUGUAAAUAUCGAACAAAGAGAUCUUGUAUAUUUAAUAUUGGGGGAGGGGUUGAUAAUAUAAUAGUUUUAAUAUACAAUCUAUACAAAACGUUUUGUAAAAUUUCCAGGUUUUAUACUAGAUGGUAUGAGGAGUUUAAUGAUUCCAAACAAUGAUUAUUUCAUCUAUGGAUAACUUAAAAUGUAGUCGGGUAGACUACCGGACAUUUAAGUUCGUAACUUUUUGUGAUCGCAAAUUAGUUGUUUUAGAGCUUUCUUGAGAAGCCCCCAGGCGGAUUUUGUUAUUGACAACGUUUCAAGCAAAUUCGAAUACUGGCACAUCGAAAUUCAUUUUGGAAAAUCGACCGUAAGAAAAGCAUUUCACCCGCUCGAUAGUGAUUUUUGGCACACGUGAUCAAAAAUGUCGUCCAUGUUGUAUUAGGGAGUUUAAGAAAACUACAACCGCAACGGGAACGUCGCUAAACAAUAGAUUUAAAAAGCAAUACAAUGUCUGGGCACGUGCGUUAUAAUUCGAGGUGUAUUUCUUUGCCGUCCUCUGCAAAACAGCAACGUGAAAUUACCAAAGUCUGCGUUGUGUGGAGAGCGUGAACCACGGUGGAUAAUUUUUAAAAUUUAUAUUUCGUAUAUUACACUGUGUUCCAUAUUCAGUUUCGAGAUUAAUUAACAGUGAUAAACAAACUAAAUGACUUUAGAGAAUCGCGAAAUUUGCAGGUUAAAUCUAAAUUCCUUUUUUUUAGUCGACGUUGACCUCGGCGUCGCCGUCGUAGUUACUUAAACUCCCUAAUAUCAACAAGAAACGUCGCUAUUGCGAGGUUGCUUCACGCAACAGCACGCAACCGUUUAUGUGACUUGUGACCUGUUUUUAACGCUUACCGUGGACCUAUUUUUAAUGUUGAUAACCGUUCUGUAGAAACUAGCAGAAAUAAAAGAUGAUUACAGUACGGCUGGACGGUUCAAUUA